CAGGCUGGAGGAGGGACCUUCACGUCGAGGCGCAGGAGCCUGGUCUCUCCGCAGCAGCAGCAGCAGCAGCUGGUGCAGCCGAGGAGGCGACUGUGUUACCGCGGAGCCAGCGGAGAGGAAGCGGCGGAGCGCGAGCUCUCGGGGAAAAAAGUGUCAACAGUUUGGGGGAGACGGCUCGACCCGACGCUCGUCGCCGGGACUCUGUGGUGGCAGCGGCUCGGCGAACUUGCCAGCGGGUUUUAAGUUUGCAUUUAAAACCGGGAGGUUCGUCUCAAAGUUGAGCCGAGGUGGAGUUCGCUCAUUCAGGAUGUCGGACUGAGACAAAGGGUCUGGGGGGACAUUCCCGUCGGAGCGGUGAGCGGCACAUGUGUGGACCGCGGCGGUGCAAAGUUGAGCAGCAGGUAACAAGUUGACUCUUGAACUCUCCUCUGGAUGGGAAAGAUGGAGAGGGAGCUGCAAUGGUGGAAAGGACAGCUAGCUGCAGAUAUCCAUCAGUCCCUCCGCAUCAAGGAGCUGAAGUUACCGGUGUACCGGGCUCACUCUCCGCAGAUUGGCAUGCGACGGUACUUCGCGGACUUGCUGGCCAUCCUCAGUAAUCGGUAUCAGCUAUGUCCUACAGCACGCCACCUGGCCGUCUACCUGCUGGACUUGUUCAUGGACCACUAUGAUGUGGCCGUCAAGCAGCUCUAUGUGAUCGCCCUCUCCUGUUUGCUCCUAGCCAGUAAAUUUGAGGAGAAAGAGGACCGGGUUCCCAAACUGGAGCAGCUGAACUCUCUGGGUUUCAUGUGCAGCCUGAAUCUGGUUCUCAACAAGAAGGAUCUGAUCAAAAUGGAGCUGCUGCUGCUGGAGACCUUUGGCUGGAAUCUGUGCAUGCCCACACCCGCCCACUUUAUUGACUUCUACCUCCAUGCCUCUGUGCAGGAGGGUGACCUGUACAACGGCUGGCCGCUAUCCUCCCUCUCCAAGACCAAGGCUUUCAUGGACAAAUACACUCACUACUUUCUGGAAGUCUCACUGCAAGAUCACGCCUUCCUGAGUUUCCGACCAUCUCAGGUGGCUGCUGCAUGCGUGGCAGCCUCUCGCAUUUGCCUGCAGAUUUCCCCAAGCUGGACGACAGCUCUGCAUCUGCUAACAGGCUACACCUGGGACCACCUCACACAGUGCAUUGAACUUAUGCUGCUUGCUCAUGACAACGACGUAAAGGAAGCCAACAAAACCAAAUCCACUCCUCCCCACCGUCCCUCCUCCCUGCAGUCUCAUCCCCAGACCUCUCACCUCUCUCCAAUGUCAGCCAUCCAGAGACCUGCCUCCUCCUCGUCCUCCACCUCUUCCACACCGCAGCUGCUCUUUCAACCUGAUGGCUUCCCACACCUCUCCCAGCAUUCCCCGUCCCUAUCCCAUCUGCAAGCGCUCGCUGACUCCCAGGCUCUGGGGCCCGUGGUGAACAUGUCUCAGGAUUUCCUUCAAGGCCACAGGAUGGGUUUGCUAACUGGGGCUCCCUCCAUAACUCCUGGCAGUGGGUUCCCCUCUUACCCAAGCCUGACCUCAGGUCUUCAGCCGGUUACACGUGCGCUUCCACUCCAGGGCCCGAUUUCUGUACAGAUGGCUCUCGCAGGUGAGCCACGGCACUGUCUGAGUAUGGCCUACACUGGGGGCUACCUGGGAGCUCAUCACACCUUUGCAGCUGGCUGCUUUGACAGGUGACGCCAGGAGACGGAGAGAGAUCGCAAACCACCGCGGGAGUGCACUUCUGUGCUUUCAACCCAGCUCCCUACCCUGAAACAUCCACUCACAGACCUCCUUCCUCUCUCCGUCGCCACCGCAACACCAUCAGCAUGUCCAGCCCCCCCGCCCAUCUCACAGACACGCCUCAAACGCAAGCAGAGGUCCAAAGGCAAGAGGGACCCGGUGGAAGUCAUCACACUGUCGUGACAAACGCUCCACUGACUCAUGAAAUACUGAGGCAUUGCAACAAUGUAAUUGCCACACUCUGAACUGGUUUUCUAAAUCUGUUAUUGUAGACUGUCAUCACUGUGAAUGAGAUGAAAGCAGCAGUGUGAUCGAACACCCACCUCAUUCAGUGCCUGUGCUCAGUUGUGUGAUAGCUGAGCCAAUUUUAGAAGUGCACAGAGCAGCAGUAUCUGGGAUAAGGAUAUCUUGCUGCUGAACAUGUUUUCUUUUCUUCAUUUUUCUCAUCCCAAAAAUUUUCCAAAUUCAGAGAGAAAAAUUGGCUGGAAUUUUAUUUUGAGCCUUCAUUUAGAGGCGAUGGAAGAAGAAACAGAGGCUUGUUGCUGACUUUGCAAGAAACAAGACUAUGCAUGUUACUGACAUUUUUAGGUUGCGUGUCAUUAAUUUCAGCAAACAUUGAUCUAAUGUCCGCAAGCUCUGUUAGAGCUGAAGGGCCCCUCUGGGAAUUCCUCACCACACAAGACCUCAGAGGAGAUGAAGAAUUCAUUGUUUUGUUCACAGCAGGUGACGUCCGCUGCUCGAAAAAUGCCUGCGGUGUAAUUUUUUUUUUCUUCUUCUUUCUCGUUCCUCUCCUCACUGUCAUUGUCAUCUCUUCUCUCCCACCUCCAAAGUCGAGCCUUGUGGCAGAGCCAUCACACACCUGCGUGAUAAUGUGGCUGGCUUGAAGCUGCAGGCUUUGUCAUACUAAAGUUUGAAUAUCUCCAACAUCCGCCGCUCAAAGAGUUGAACACAAACAGAUGUGACUGGACCAGCGCGGUGAAGGAGACGUGGACUUUGGUUGUGUAUUGUACAUAUGAAUUGCUGCUGCCUUCUUAUGACCUGUUGGUUCUGUGUCUGUGUUAAUGACUCCAAUGUUUACAUGAACCACUAAGUAUCAGGGACUUUAACAAGAUUACUUGAAUAUGAUGCCAUUGAAACAUGCCAUAGCUUUUAUUUAUAACGACUUGUUGUUUUUUCUUGAUUUUUUUAUUUGUAUUAUUCAUUUUGUUUGAAGUAGUGUAGCUUUUUUUAUACCAACAUAGAAAAAUCCCAUUUGUUAAUAAUAUUUUUUGUACCUGUUCAUAGUAAUUGUAUUUUCAGGCUCAGGUUGUAUGGCUGAAUUCACAGCCCUCUCAUUACUCUGUACUCGUAUGCUUUAAAGCAGAUGCUCCUGCAGCAUCUGUGGGGUCUGAAAUGUCCCCCUUCUUCAUCACUGGACCAUACACUGCUGACUACUCAAAAUGGUGCGCUUUGCAUGGCUGUGGAACAACCUUGUGCUCGCUGCGUUAACACGAAAACGUCUGUAGCCAGUCGUCCGUAAUUGCUUCCAAGAUUUCUAAAGCUGCAAUCCCCACUCGUCCACUUCCUGUUAGAGCAUAAACACAUCCAGAUUCCCGGUGCCAGUAGCUCACUAGUUACCAUGGCAAUACUUUGAAUGACCAUCCCAGGUUCCUGGAUGUCAUUAACUGAAGUAGGGCCGUAACAUACCGUUGCUUGCAUUGAUGGUUAUUAUCUUGAUUAAACGGUCAAAAUCUCAAACAUAUUAAUUCACUAGCAUAUUUGACAAAGCAGAAAUUUUCUCAUCUGAGGUGGAUUCAGCAAGAAUGAAAAAUUCAAGAGACCCUGUGCAGAGACGUCCCAAAAAAAUGUUUAAGGCUGCGAAAGAUUCCGGUGCACAUGUGAUAUCUGUCAGACCACAGUGCAUUUCGGCUUGUUAUGUUUCUGUGUGGAAAUGAAAGUACAGGAGUUGGUUGACGGUGGUAAAGAUAUUUACAGAUUCUGACGUUACGGAUUCAUAACUUAAAAACACCAAAAGUCCUUAAAACACAAGCUCAGCUUCCUUCCAUUCAGAGUAAAAUACACAAGCUACAGAUUUAUUUCUCUUUUCCAAAGUGGGAGUUGUAGUCUGACCGGGAGGAGACCAUUUGUGUGUGUAUUGAUUUGGAGACUACACUGGACAGCAGUGAUGCUAUUGAAUAUUUGUGGAGUUUUUUUUGGCGCUGCCCUCUCGUCUUACUUUCUGCUGUGCAUAGAGACCAAGGGUUCACUCCUGAUUGGAUUUCUGCUCGUUUUGGUAAAUAAAGCUGUAGCUGGUUCUGUACAUCAAUCUGAUUGGAAGGAAGCAAAGUUUAGGAAUAUUUCAGUUAUUUUUUCAGUUAUUAAUAAAGGGCUCUGUAAAAUUCAAAUUAAAUAAUUUGAUAUAUUUUUUUCUCAGUUAAUCAAUUCACCAUUUCAGCUGGAGACUGAGUGGAAACCAGCACCUGCUCUGUGUUUUUUUUGCUUGUUCUGGAAGAAACAAUUUUUUUUUAUAUUUGUUACAAUUUCUCACAGACUUCUCUUUACUCACAUUUGAAAUGUUCUGAAGUUGACUGACGUUUCAAACUGUUUACGUUGUAGACUCGAGACAUCACAGCCUUGUCCUCAGCAGCUGCCAUUCACAGUCAGACAUGUGCAUCUCUUAGAUAGAGCUUCAUGAAGCCCACUCAACCAUGCGACACUCCGAGUGGUUUUAUCAUGAAUCGCCAGAUGUUUUACAGCCAGAUGUGUUUGUUUUCUCAACACUGAAAAGGACGUGCUAAUCUGCUUUUCCAGUGAUUUGAACUGAGAUACUAUGCCUUUGUUUUGCUAACUAUUCUGUAUAGUUUUGUUGCAUUUUUUUUUUUACAUUCCCUUUGUUUUCCUUGUACCUUAGUUAAAGCUUUUUCCGAUUCUCUUGACAAAUGCUGUUGGUGUUAACUAGUUUUUCUUUCUUCAGAGUUCAACUUGCUCUUUUCCUGAUCAUCCAUGAGCAACUUCUCACUGAGGUGUCAACGGUGCAAUAAGUUGUUUUUGUUUUCCUGUUUAAACUGACCACAGCCAUCACUGUCUCGUGUGCACCACUGGUUCAUCUUUUUCUAAGUUAUUUUUGACAAUUGUGUGAUUUGACUUGCUGUAGCUUGGUUUCCUCUAUAGGGCAGAGGGCUCUGAACACAAUGAAUAUGUUGCAUAUUGCAGCAACUUUCUUUAAGUGAUAGUUAUUACUGAAUGCUUUUGUGUUUUAGCUAGAGAUUUACUGGGCAUUUUUCCUUCCACGAAAGGUGCUGAUGUCACCCACACCAAAAAACCAACACUUGUCUAAUGUGAUAGUAAUGAAACGACACCACAAACACCCAAUUAAUAUUUUUGUAUGAUUUUUUGCCAAUCUGUAGUCUUGUUUUAUGUGACACAGAAUGAUAGAACGAAUUCCUUCAUCAUAAUGUGCCAUGGAAAAAUAAACCACACCAGUGAACUGAG